GCCUGGCAGAGGAGUCAAUGAAAACACCUGCGUGAGAUCCAGUGACGAGGAAGAGGACACAACAAGGUGAACAGCAGCUCAGCUGAAACAUGAGGACACCUUUAACAGCCUCUCUGUUUGUAUUUCUAGGAUUAAUGCAGCAGAUCAACAUGUCGUUUUCUGCCCUUCCUAAAGACUUGGAGGGAUCAGGAGACCUCCAGGAAAUUUCUGGUUCAGGUUCAGGGGAUUUGUCAGAACAAGAUGAAACGAACACCAAGGAUCGCCCAGACAUCAACGAUGUCCGAGUAUUUGCAGAAAACGCAGGAGGUGGAACCAAGAAUACUUUCCACGAUUCUUCAGUCAUCACCUUUGACGAAACACAGUGGCCUGUAAUGGACGUUGGAUCAGGAUAUGGUGUCAUGGCAAACAGCAAGAGUCUGUUGGAGAGAAAAGAAAUCUUUGCCGGUGUUAUUGCAGGAGGAGUAACAGGAGCAAUACUCGCUGCUUCACUGGCAACAAUAUUAAUCUACAAAUGGCAGAAGAAAGAUGAUGAAGGAUACAUUCUGGGCCAGCAGAGGGCUUCAGUUGAAGAUUAUCAUCGACCCAGCAGGGAAGAAGUUGUUUAAUUAACCAAACCAAUGUUUGUUUUCAUUUUGCCAGUUGUUAAUUGUUCAUUUUUGUACCUUGGGAGCUUCAGGAAAUUUAUACUUUCCUCAUAUUUUUCAGAGGGAGGGUAGGGGCAUCAGGAAAAACAGUUAUUCUCACAAUUUUUUUGCUGCUUUUCAUUCAUAAUUUAUUUAUAUUUUAAAUAAAAAAUGAAGAAUUAAUUUUAUUUAACAACUAUUCCGUUGCCUAUAUUUUACAAUGCUGAUUUAGAUCUCUCCUCAGGACAGUGUGAGUGUACAGAAAUGUCAUACAUGAAGAAGUCGAUAACCCUUUUUCAUGGAAGACAUUUUUGUACCAGGCACAGGUGUAGAUAACAAAAUGAAUGAUGGCUGAAUACCAUUUUGCUUUAUGGUCCUUUUAUAUUGCUACAUGCUUGGCUCUGUGUCACACUGUCCUAGUUUACCUAGACCUUUGAAUAGGACAGAGAUAAAGCUGCAUGCACGACUAAUGACCUCAGCAUUUUCUAAAAUCCUAGACAGUCCUGCAUUUUGAACCAAGGUGAUUUGAUCCUCUCUGUUAAGUAGGGAAACCUCAGUGUUAUCCCCCAUUUUAGUUAGCAAAAUAAUUAAUGUAACGUGAAUAAAUAAAUUGAAUGAAAACUCAACUGAGGCUGUAUAUUAAAUGUAAAUAAUGAUUACUGAUGAUGAUUAGCUGCUACAAUUUUAAAUGUAAUCUCAUCUAAAUGUGUGCAGUUUUUGUAUUGCGUAAUUGUUAAUAAAUGAUCUUUACACCCAUUUUAA